GAUAAGGACUGAUAAGAUUAGAUAGUAACUUUUUUUCUUUCAGUCGCAUUUUCUUACUUUUUUACUUUGGAAAGAAGAUCUCUCUCUUUCACCCCACUCAAAUAUCAAAGUCACAACUCAUACACAAUGGCACCUUCGUCAGGACGUCGGCAACCGCCUAGUGCGGAAGAUAUAGAAAACCGUAAUAUCGUAGGCAUAAACAAAGAGACAGUCACAGACACCGUUGCAAUCAACUAUCCUGAUAACUUCGCCAACGAAGAGCACCCCUGGGACGCAGAGUCUUUCCGAAAAAGCUUUAGAGUCCAAUGGCACGAGAACCGACAAUACGAUGCCCAGUUCUCCUUAAUCGGCGUCGACGCCUCUAUAGCCAAUGCCUUCCGCCGCAUCAUGAUCGCCGAGAUCCCCACCCUCGCCAUCGACACCGUCUACAUCAACAACAACACCUCUGUAAUCCAAGAUGAAGUCCUCUCCCACCGCCUCGGUCUUAUACCCUUCAGUGGCGGCAAGAAGGGCAUCCGCGAGUUUCUGCGCUUCUGGCCCAAGCCCGCCGAAGGGCAAGGCCUCUACGACACCACCUUCGACAACAACACAGUCUGCCUUGGCUUGAAGGUCGUAUGCACACACAACAAGAACGCUCCCGCCAGCGCCAAAGACCCACGAGAGUUAUAUAACCACGCGCACGUCUACGCCAAAGACAUCACCUUCGACGCCAUCGGCGGCCAGCCCAAGUACUUCUCGGGCGAGGACAUCAUCCGCCCCUUCCACCCGGACAUCCUGAUCGCGAAGCUGCGCCCCGGCCAGGAGAUCGACCUCGAGAUGCACCUGCACAAGGGCUACGGCUGGGACCACGCCAAGUGGUCGCCCGUCGCCACCGCGAGCUACCGACUCAUGCCCACCAUCACCAUCACGCAGCCGAUCCUCGGCGACGACGCCAAGAAGUUCGCGGGCUGCUUCAUGGACGGCGUGAUCGGCCUCGAGCCCGUGACGCGGCAAGAGGCGCGGAGCAAGGAGAGCGGGUAUGCAGGACACGAAGGGGAGCUGAAGGCAGUGGUCAAGGACCCGAUGCGCGACACGGUCAGCCGCGAGGUGCUGCGCCACCCCGAGUUCGACGGCAAGGUCAAGCUCGGCCGCCGCCGCGACCACUUCAUCUUCUCCAUCGAGAGCACCGGCCAGUGGGACGCCGAUGAGCUCUUCGUCGAGGCCGUCAAGACCUUGAAGAAGAAGUGCCAGGUCCUCAGGCCCCAGGUCACGAAUAUGGUCUACACGUACUAGGCGAGGGGGGGCUAUAUGCCAGGUAAUGUCAGGUACCUAGGUUGGUGUAGUGCCUGUAUACUUAGACUGGACCGGCGCGGUGGGAUGGGAAUAGGAGGACAAGAGAGGCGGCGGCGGGGGGUGGUAGGAAGAGGAGCAGGGCUACUAACUAGUGAUCAUCCCCUUUCACUCAGUAAACAGGUGCCCU